GAGGCUGGGAUUUUGACAAGCCCGUUACGUAAGGUUGCUUCCUGGAAUCCCACCUGCUCUGGGUUUCUAACCCGCGGCGGGGGCUGCUUUCCCGGGGCUGCUCAGUCCAGAUGCGGGGCCCGGCAAGGGCUCAGGUUCCACGUGAGCCCGGCCAGCGUCCAAGUUGACCAGUUUCUCUCUCUCUCUCUCUCUCUCUCUCUCUCUCUCUCUCUCUCUCUCUCUCUCUCUCUCUCUCUCUCUGCGUAUGUGUGUGUGUGUGUGUACGCGCGCGAAAUUCUUGGUCAUCACCACUCCUUUUGAAGUUUUAUUUCUUUCUAGAGGGGAAAGGCGAGGCGGGAGUCUGGGUUUGGGGAGAAGGGGCAAAAAAGCUUGUGACCUAGAAUUGGGUCGCAGCGAUUUCUCUUCAUUACAGUGCUUUUAAAUGACAGGACAUAAAGGGAAAUUUGGCUGUUGCUGCUCCAGUGUGCUUUUCCUUCAGACUUAUGGUUGGCCUCAGAGCCAUAGAAGGGGUUUUUAUUUGUCUUAUAGGACAGUUAUUUCUUGUUUUCAAAACAGAACAGGCAUCCGUCAACAGACUAGUAUUUAUUUGAGGGGAAAGCGGGUGUCAGCCAGCCAGAGACAAGGGAGAGCAGAAAUUGUGUCACUCUGUGAAUAUAUUAUUCAUUUAAAUGUAUUAGACAUUAGUGAAAAGGGUAGCCUAAACGUAAAACAAACAAUAUUACACGAUUACAAGCUUUCCUUUAGUGUAUUUACAGCCCUAAUCUGUUUUCUGCCUACUCUAGUCUACCUCCUCUUUCCUUAGGGGGGAAAGGGAUGGAGACACCUGUAAACAUUGUAGCCCAGGUUACAUUAAGCUAUUAUGGUGCAUUUAAGAUUACUAUAAAGAGGAGUCUCGGGGGGAACUCAAGAUUAGUUUAUAAGUAAGGAUUCUUGGGCAAGUUGAUCAAUUUAUGUUUACGGUAGCUGAGACACAGCCUCUGAAAGAAGUGAAUAGAAUUUCUGAUCUGAGCCUUAAUUUAACGUAAAAUAAAAAAAAUGUAUUUGAUUUCUUUUGUGGGACAUUGUUUUGUUUGGGCGAGAUAGAAUAAUCGUUUGAGGCAGCUUUUUAUUUUUACAAACUCUCUUUGAACUGCAGCUCCCAGUAAGAGUCUGGAAUAACAUAUAUUACCAUCCUCAUUCUAUAUGUGUUACAUAAUCCCCACCCCCAUCCCCAAUGAUUAAAAACAGACCUCUACUUUGCUGUGGAAUUUUGAAAGAAUGUGCUUGUGAGGGAAGUUAAUUGAUCUUGACACCAGCUUAAUAUUAGGGAUAAAAAUGAGCAAAUUUUGGCUUGCAUUUAAAGCCUUAAGUGCACAAGUUUACAUUUCUGAAGUUUGGUGAAGGAGUACAACUUUUCUAUCUAUGCAAGAGAGCCAGAAAGCUGGUGCUGCUUUGAGCUCUUCCACUGGAAUUACCACCAGCUUCAGUAGUUACUGAUUCUAAAGUUCUGGAACUUUUGUCCCACUUCGGCAACUUGAAUAAUAUUUAGCAUAGUUGGGAGAUUAUAGGAGGGAAGCGACAGAUUACAUCAUAUUAAUUUAUUCAAAAAACAGUAAGUAUUAUAACAAAGAAGACAAUAUAUUCUUCCUGCAGGAUGCAAACUACAUUGCCUUUAGUUGUAUGUAGAAUCUUCAGCCUUCUGCUUACGGGAAGCCUAGUGUUUCAUACCCAUUACUAAACGCAGAGCUGAUUGUUAUGUUACAGAUCUUUCUGUCUUGUUUACACUGGGGCCUCAUAAUUGUACGCCAUAAACACAAGUGACUCCAGCAGGAAAACGGACUUGCUGUUUUGCUUUCUCCCACGUUAGGGAUUUAUCUUGUCAGGAUUUCACCUUUUCCUGCCACAGGUAGAAGAAGGAGACACUAAGGAGAAGUGAAUCAAGUUUUCUUCCUUUCUUAUCUGCUCCCCUCUCCCCUCAUGCCCAGUUGGUUUUUGUUCAGUAGAGUUAGUGGGGUGGGGAUGAAGAGAGUACAGCUAUACUUAAUUACUGUACAUCAUCGAUAUCACUUUGGAUUCUCAAAGAACAGUGGAAAGCCUCAUAUUUGAGACACUAUUCAUUUGCACAUGAGGUUACUGUAAUAGUAAAUAGGCUCUUUUUCUUUUCUUUUCUUUUCUUUCUUUUUUUUUUUUGAGACAGGACCAUGCUAUGGAACUCAUGGUAGACUAGAACUCAAGAGCUUCCUGCCUCAACCACCUAAGUGCUAGAAUUAUAGGUAUAUGUGACCACUCAGUUAAAUUACUAAUCUUAUAGUCACAGAGUGACAUUAACGGGUUAAGAGAAAAUGCUGGAAAUCUAAAGCACUAUUGAUCAACAAGGAAAUUGCCUUCUUGUUAACAGAAUGCAGUGUGUAGGUGCACUCACAGUAGCAGAAACAAGUGGCUGUUUGGGUGGAUUGUCAUUGCCACCCUUGAGUUCGUUUGUAUGUCUGUGGAUGUUUUGCAUCUGUGCACAUUAAUGUCUGGGAUCUUUUUGCUUCCAGCACUAAACUGCUCCAUGUUGACACUGCCACCUACUGAUAAUGAGCUCAGUCUUUUCCUCAUUACCUCAUGAGUCGUUAGGCAACAGUAUUGGGAUGUUUCGGAGAUACCAAUAUUUUGCUAGUUACUGAGGAUACAAAGGUGAAUAAAACAUGACUUCUGCCCUCCAACCCUGCCUGAGAAGUGCUGUUUGCUUUUGGGGCCAACAGUACAUUCAUCCCUUGCUUUUCCUGUCUCACUGCUAAUGCUUGGUUGGAUUCCCACCCCCCCCCCCAUCCCAACCCCUGUAGUCAUAUCCUUUUGUAACUUUCCUAGUGGAAACUGUGUUUUGGGUUCUAGACAGCCAUUUUUUAAAAUACAUUUUUGGAACAUUAGAUUCCAUAUUGGAGUGUGUUUAUAAGUAAAACCUGUAAUAUGGAGAUCAGAAAUUUAUUUUUAUUUCUGUGGUAACUUCCACUUGAUUAAUUUGUGCUGUGCGUGCUUGUGUGGGCUAGCAGUCUGCAUCAGAUACCUUCUUCAGUCACUAUUUUUUUGGGAUAGGGUCUCUCAGUGAAUCCAGAGCCUACCAAUUGGCUAGACUGUCUGAAUUCCUAGGAGAGCUUUUCUCUACCAGUCUCUCAACCCUGGGAAAAUGUCACCCAGCCUUUUAUGUGGAUGCUGGGGAUUCAACUCUAGUCCUCAUGCCUGGGUACUGGACAUGGUCUUAACCCAGUGAGCCUCUGCUCCAGCUCUCUUACUGCUUUUAGAUACAGUCCCUUGUCCCUUGAGCUUUCCAGCUUCUCAGCUCCUCUUCCAGAUAGCUGUGAUUAUAGACGUGACUGUAACUGUUGUUUUGUAGAUUUUUCUUCUUGGAAAGUUUUAAAAAUAAACCCAAUUACCAAAAUAUGUAGUGCACACCCACAUGCCUACAUAAAAUGUUGACAUUUUUCAUUUUUGCUUCAGAUAUAUAUUUAAUAUAGAAGAACUAUGUAUAUCACAGUUGCCACAUAGAAUUCUAAGAGCAAUAUAGAAUUUUAUACUUCGUCUGAAGUUAACAUCUUUUUGUUCCACCCAGUUUCACGCCUCUCUAUCUCCUGUCCCAGUUUAUGACCCACACUGUGCAUGUAGCAUGGCUCUGGUGCUUGGGCUUUGUUUUCAGACUGGGUAAGAAUGUGUCAGGCUCAACUCUAACUUAUAGGAAGCCUGUGUUGGUCUUGAACUCCUGAUCUUACUGUCCCUGCCUCCCAAAGCUGGAUUAUAGGACCACUACACUGGCUCUAGUUUGAGUGCUGAGACCAAACUGUAGAGACAUAUGUAUGAAAAAUGCCGUGAGGAAACCCAGGAAUUUGAGUGUUGAUGUGAAAUUUUAUUAAAAAAAUUCCAAGUAUGGAUUAGGAUCCGACUUCCUGGAUUUGAAUCUUUGAAAAAAAUUAAAUUGUAUUUUAUGAGCAAGUACUUUGCCUUACAUGCAUGUCUGUGUACCAUAUGCAUGCCCAGUGCCUGCAGAGGCUGGAAGAGGGUAUUGGCUCCCUGGAACUGGAGUUAGAAACAGUUCUGAGCCACAAAAUGAAUACUAGGGACCAAACUCAGGUCCUCUACAAAGGCAAAAAGCACUCUUUUUUUUUUUUUUUUUUUUUUGUUCUUUUUUUCGGAGCUGGGGACCGAACCCAGGGCCUAAAAAGCACUCUUAAUUGCUGAGCCAUGUUUCCAGCUUCCUUAAGUUGACUUUUGACUGUACUAUUUGGUGGUUUUAUAGUUCUUUAAACUAUAUCCUUAGUUUAUCCACCCUAUCAAAUUGGAACAAUAGAAAUGUCCAUUUUAUAAGGUUCUGUAAAAAUGUAAGUUCAUUUAUGUAACCCUGAAAAAAAAUUGGUGGUUUGAGUGAUAAUGGCCUCCAUAGGCUCUUAUAUUUGGAGACUUGACCCAUAGUUGGUAAAAAUGUUUGGGAAGGAUUAGGAGGUGUGUCCUUGUUGGAGGAGAUGUGUCACUGGGUCUCAAAAGUACCUGUUAGCUUUUGCUUUUUCUGACUCAUAUUUGCAGAUCAGAUAUAAGGCCUCAGUUAUGAUUCCAGCACCACACUGCCUGCUGCCAUGCUACCUGCCAUAAUGACCAUGGUCUUUAACAGAAACUGUGAGACCCAAUUAAAUGCUUUCUUUUAUCAUUUGCCUUUGUCAUGGCAAGAGGACAGUAAUUAAGACAAACCAUGUCAGCUGGGUGGAGUGGCAUAUGCCUUUGAUCCCAGCACUCAGAAAGAAGAGGCGAGCCUGAUCUAAACAGUGAGCUCCAGAACAGCCAGAGCGACAGUAAAAACAAAAGACAUACCAUGUCUACAUGUCAGUUACUUUUUCCUUAAAUACUGCUAUGUUUCAGUAGGUAUUGAUACUGCUGUGUUCUGGUAUACACUCACUCAAUUUUCUUUAUUUUAUCCAUCUUUAUUGAUUUAUUUCUGUGUGCUCCACUAAUUGAACAUGCUGUACUGCCAGUUAUCAUUUCUUCUAGUAAUGCUCAUCUACAUGGUCUUCAUUUCCUGUGCAGUAUAAACAAUGACUUCAUUAAUAUCCCUCUCUCUCUCUUAAAGCAGUGGCUUUCAACCUGUGGCUUGUGACCCCUUUGGGCAUCAAACAACCCUUUCACAGGGGCCACGUAUCUGAUACAUUACAAUUCAUAACAGUAGCACAAUUACAGUUAUGAAAUAACAGAGAAAAUAACUUUAUGGUUGGGGGUCUCCACAACAUGAAUUACUGUAUUAAAGGCUCACAGCAUCAGGAAGGUUGAGAACCACUGUCUUAAAGCAACAUGCCAGAGUUUUUCCAGGUCAUGGAUCUGGUUGUGAAAUUGUUGAGUCCUGGGAUAGAAGUAUUUUUCCCUUUAUAAAUCAUUUAUAAGAUUUUGACAACCAAUAUGUAUUUCUGUUUCUGUAUAUCCUUUUUAGUUGUUGUUAGAUUUUUGGAUUUUGCUAGUUUGCCUGAUGUAAAAUAAAAUAGCACUUCAUAUUUGUCUUGUGUUUAUUUCUCUUCAUCUUUUAAAAAAUAUUUUUAUUUUUGGUCAUCUCUUCAGUAAAUUUGUGUAUACCUAUUCUUUAUAUAUUUUCUUUUCUUAAAAAAAAGAUUUGUUUGUGUGUGUUGAGGUGUUUGUGUGAGUAUAUUUGCAGAUGUGUGAGGGAGUGCAGCUGUUUGCAAACUCAGGUCAGAAGAGGUGUCCAUGGCUGACACUCUGCCUAGUUCUUUGAGCCUGGGAACUAUCUCUCCUUGGCUGGGCAAGCUCUGCUGAUUCUCCUGGUUCUCCCCCUUGGAUCUGAGGUUUUGGGCAUGCAUGGGAUGCCUGGCUUGUUAUUUGGUUCUAGGAUCUGAACUCUGGCCCUCAUGGCUACUCAGUCAACCUCUUACCUGCUGAAGCAUCUUCCCAGUCUUUCAUAUUUCUACUUGGCCUUUUUCUUACUUAUUUGAAAAAAAUGGUUUAACUUAUUUUAAAAUAUUUUCAGGAUAUUUACAAAUAUUAGAGAGGCCCAUUUUUUCUUUACCCUUAUCUUUUUUCUUUCUUUUCCUUCCUUUCUUUCUUUCCUUCUUCCUUUCUUUCUUUCUUCCUUUCUUUCUUUCUUUCUUUCUUUUUUUUGUGGAUAUUUCUAACUUCUUGAAACAGUGUGGAUUAAAAUCACAAUGCCUUAUCUGAUUUGUCACUUUCUCCUCAAACUCUUACCCAAACUAAACUUAUUUACUUACAUAAAGUUUUGCUUUUAUUUAUUUUGCUGUAUUUCAGAGGUAACAUGGAGCACUAUUGACUUCAUAAUUCAAAGAAGAGACUUUUAAUAAUCAUGUACAGGUUUUUCCUAUCUUUCCCUCUCUUUCUUUACUAUCCACUCAUUCACUAAAAUCUCUAUUUAUCUGGGUACAUGUACCCCAGUCUGGCCUCCAGAUCACUUUAUAGCUUAGUUAACUCCUGAUCCUCUUGCCACUACACCCAGCUUAUUUGGUAUAUCUUUUAAAAUCAAUUUUUAAUAUACUUCUUUGUUUACUGACCUCUGUGUGUGUGUGUGUGUCUGUCUGUCUGUCUGUCUGUCUCUCUCUCUCUCUCUCUCUCUGUGUGUAUGUGUGUGUGUGUGUGUGUGUGUGUGUGUGUGUGUGUGUGUGUGUAUGUUUGUGUAUACUUGUGGGCAGGCAAAUGCAUAUGCCUGAAUAUGAAAGUCAGUAGGCAAUCUGCUAGAGUUAGUUCUGACAUUCUGUCACUGGUUCCUUGGGGUCAGUCUUGGUGGUAAGGGCCUUUGCCCACAGAACUAUCUCUUUGUCAGUUAAAUUACUUUGAAUUAGAAACUUCCAUAGCAUCUUUAUUCCCGUGCUUUCCUUUUUAGGAGCUGUUUCCACUUGUUUUCUUAUUUUCACUUUUGUUCCUGAAAUUCACUUUUUCAGAAUUGCCAAAAUGGUAUGUCUAAGACACCAAUUGAAAAUUCCUUGCUGACUCCAUUGUUAACUAGAUGAAGCCAACACUCCUUACCAUGUCAUUAAAAUUCUCUGCAAUUUGGUCUUUGUCUGGCUCUCUAAUCUUAACUUUCAUAAUUUCUACUUUCCAUUUCCACUCCAGCCUUACAGCAUUCUCCUUGAAGUUUCUUGAGUGUAUCUGUUACAUCUGGAGUGUUACAUUGCUGCUGUGGUCCUAGAAUACUGUCUGAGAGUACUGUCAUUCCUCUCUUCCUUCAAGAACCAGGGACAGGUGGUGGUGGUGGUGCUGGCCUUUAAUACCAGCACUUGGGAGGCAGAGGCAGAGGCAGAGGCAGAGGCAGAGAGGCAGAGAGGCAGAGAGAGGCAGAGAGGCAGAGAGGCAGGAACAGAGGCAGGCAAAUCUCUGAGUUCAAUGUCAGCCUGGUUCAUGACAGCCAGGGAUAUUCAGAGAAACCCUGUCUCAAUAAGCAAACAAACAAAGAAAUAAAAUAAAAAGUUAAGAGCACAUGGUACUCUUAUAGAAGCCCCAGGUUCAACUCCCAGCACCCACAUAGCAGUUUACAACUAUGUAACUCCAAUUUCAGCAGAAUCACUUUCUUCUGUACAUAUAUACAUGCAUGCAAAACACAUAAAAUAACCAAAACAAAAAUAAUCAGGGCAUUAUUACUUCUUCCAGAAAGCCUUCUCAGAUCUGGAUUACUGGGUCUCUCCUUGAGUAAUCUAUAGUACUUUGUCAUGUCUCAAGCUCCAGAGAAAUCACUCAGUGAGAAUUUGUAGAGAGAGCAGGAAGAGGCUCAAUGUGUAAAAGAUGCUUGUUACAAAGCCCUGGCAACCCAAGUUUGGCUCCUCAGGGCCUGCAGUAUGGAGUGAACUGACCCUGGAAGGUUGUUCUUUGACCUCCACAUGUGUACUGUGACACACAUGCACACACAGAAGAUACAUAAAUGUAAUUUUUAAAAAGAAUUUGUUGAGUCAGUUAUUGUAGUUUGAGAGGAAGUACCAGGUAGUUGGCUAAGGAUCAGUGGGUAUGGGUUUGAAACCUGACCUUGCUUUUAUUUUUUUAUACUUCAGUUUCCUCCCAUAUAAAAUUGAAAAGGGUACAUUUAUUGAGUUGGGACACUUAAAUUUGAUAAUACAAAUAAAGUAUUUGAAACAAUGUCUUGUAUUUAGUGAAUAAUCUAUUCAAACUAUUGUUGGCUUUAGAAUAUUUUAAUUUAUGUGUCUCUUUCCCUAAUAAGGCUUUGAAUCAGUGAGUGAAGGACAUAGCAAGAAAUCUGGAUCUUAAGUGAAAGAUAACAUUUCUAACCUUUCAGAGUGUCCUGAAAACUUGAGUCUAAGUCCGUUUUUUCCUAGCAACUGCAACAUUUGGCAUCUUGCCACACAUAUGAAAUUGACAUUGAUGGUAAUUAGCAUUUCUUAAUUAUACUACAUAAUUGGUUGCUUAUUUAAGACUCUGCAUGCUUUACUUAGUAGUUCUAUGGAACUCUAGGAAUACCAUUUACUUUUAAGCCUCCCUUAGUCUGUUUGGCAUUUAACCAACUUUUCCAAAUAUGGAUUAAGGCGUGAGAGGCUGAACAAAGGGGUAGAAAUGAGGGUAAAACAUUAUACCUCUGAACCAGACAUGUGUAGUAUAGCUUCACUGUUUGCUUUAAGAUAGGUUAUCAGAUUAUUGGAUAAUUCCAAUCAGAUGUAAUUUCAGUAAACACUUUCCAGAGGUAAUAUAAGACAUUAAAAUACCAAUAACCUGUCUUCUUCUAUUACUGUAAAUGAUUAAGACAUUUUACUUACAUUCUUUUUAUUAUUUCAGAAUCUGUUUCUUUUACCUUACAUUUAGCAUCCCUCAUUUUGUUCUAAAUACCAAAACCAUCUGUAUAAUCUUGGCAAAUUGAUAGAAGUCCUGUUUGUUUUAUUUUUAUCUCUGAGCUUGCUGUUAAAUUUGUAGGGUUUCUGUCUCACUGUUUCUGAUUAUAUGAAAGGAAGUUUGUCUUCUUUUGAACAUAGGAACAGUACACAACUACUCAUCAGUAUUCACUUGAAAAUUGUUGCUAGAAAAACUAGAUUUUUCCCCUAAAAGGUCUUAAACUGUUAAAGAAAAAUUCUAGUAAACUAUUAUCAAAUGAAUGUGGAAAUCUCAAUGCAUCAGUCUUACGGUAGAAGCUAAUACCGUAUAAUGGCUGUAGUGUUGGGAACUGCUUUUUAAAAGUGCCACUGUCGGAGCACUGACUAUUUUAGCUGAACAUUCUGAAGCAGCAAGUUCUUAAGAGAAUGGGUGUAGAUGAAUGGGGAUAGAAACUGUAGUUGGUUUGUGAGAUAGAGCUGGCUCUUAGCAACAGACGAGUUGACCCUUACUCCAUUGUCAGUCAAGAUUAUAGUUAAAUGACACUAUUUUCCUGUAAAGAAUAAUUUAAGUUGGUAUGGUGGCACAUAUCAGCACAGUGAAGGCCGAGGCUUGAAGAUGAUGAGUUCUGGACCAGCCCGGCAUAUAUAGCGAGACACUGUCAAAACAAUUAAAAAACUCUUUUUUGUUGUUGUUGUUCUAAUAAGUACUAAGAUAUUCCUACCCUUCACCUUUCAAUUUUUUUUUCUGGAUGUCAGAACUUUGUAAUAGUAUUUUAGUUAAAUUUUUUAAUGUGAUGUUGGGAAUUGAACCUGGGUCCCUGACAUGCUAGGCAAGUGUGUUGUUAUUGAGCUACUCCACCAGUUUCACAUAGUAUUUAUUCAUGUUGCUUUGUUGGCGAUAAUUGCGCUGAAGUUGGGUUCAUGGCUGUUGUUUGAACUGCUAGCAUUGAUGAAUACUUUUCAUUCUUUUAGCCUAAGGAACAAUAGAAGUUCCUAGUUUCAUAGAUAUGUUUUUAAAAACAAGGCUUUUCCUUUUCUGAUUAACUGCUGUUUUAAUAUUUCUUGACCACCCCCCCCCCAUUUUUUAAGAGCCAGGGUCUUACUAGGUAACUCUGACCGAGCUGAAGACUUCUUAUAUAGACCAAGCUAAAUACUCUUCCUGCCUCACCCUCCUCAUGAUGGCUGGAAUUAUGGUAGUAAGAUACCAUUCCCUUGACUUUUGUUUUGUUUUUAAGGGUUGUUGUUCAAUCAACAUUCUUUUGUUUAUAGGUGGUAGAAGAUAAAUUUAGCCUAACUCACUAAAAAUGGGAAUUAAUUGCAAGGAUGCUGGGGACUUCAUGGCAUCCAGUGGUAGAAGAGCAGCUGUACCUCCUGAGAGGGCUUGAGGUCCGGAGCUGGACAGGCCUCACAGUCAGGAGGCUCUGGUCUCUGCCCCCUCCACCAGCACAGUUCCCUUGCUCCCUACUUGUUCAUUUCAGCCUCAUCUCUCUGCACGUGUCUUUCACUGUUGCAGGGCUAGACUAUGACUUCUGACCCAUGUGUUGUUUUGAGGCAAGGUCUCCCUAUGUAACUUGGCUGGCCUAGGAUGAGGUUGGCCUCGAGAUCACAGAGAUCUACCUCCGUCUGGCUCCCAAUGCUGGGAUCGAAGGCUUGUACCUCUUUGUCAGGCUGUCUUCUGACUCCUAAAUUCAUAUAUUGUCUCAUGAUUCUGUGCUCUCAUUUUAAAGCCUGAUAGAGAAAAUGUCCACAAGGCAAGUAUCCUUUGUCUCAUCUAGUCAGCUAUGGCAAAUGAAACCACGGUUUCACUGAACAAGAUUCUCAACACCAGCUUUGUGGAAAAGGAUAGGACAUCCAGCUUCCCAAAGACAGGUAUAUACAAUGAAUAGACAUCCUAAAAGCUGCUAGUUACAAACGGAUACUAGAUGAUGGAAAAUAAAAUUAAUUUUAAAUGAAAGUAAAAGAAACCUCUCAGUGUUGUAGCAUAAUACCAAAGAACUUAAAUUAAUUCACUCCCAACUCAGCGGUGGCUAUUAUGAAAGCUUGAACAUCUCUCCCCUUUCAGGUGAAAACCAGUGGAGGUAGAGGCAUCCUUUACCCUCCUGUGUAUAGAAUUUGUAGUCCAAUUCCUUCUAUGAAUAUUUGUAUAUUAAUAUAUACUGUCUUUAAUAUAUUAACUUCUAAAAAGCAUCUCUGAGUUGUAGUCUUAUUAUGUAGCUCCGACGGGCCUUAGACUUGAUAUACAACCCAGGUUAGCCUCCAGACUAGAUUCUUCCUUAUUGGUGUGCCACUGUGUCUUACCUUAAUCACAUUACAAUAUUCCUUAUUUAGCAAGCAUUUGUUUAUUGCUUGGGUAAUACCAAGGAUUGUGCUAUAAAACAAGUUAUACUUUUGUUUACUCAGAGAAUUCAUAUUCUGGUGGAAAAGAGUAGAUGUUCAAAGAGGUCCUUAGAGUAUUAGUGUGAUAAUCAUAUACAAUGUGUGUCUAGUCUUGAAGCCCUAGACUAGAAAGUGGCUGUCUUGCAUAGGGAAAGCACAGAGCAGGAUGCACUUCACUGGAGCUGACCAUUUGACUAGAGUGUUCUGGUGGGAGGAACUAAAUUUGAAUUUUCAAAGGUACCUGGAGUUAUGUAAAUGAAACUCUGUCCAAUGAAUCUCAAGUAAAUUUUUAUACUGUUCAAUUUAAUGAAACUGAAAUUCAAUGAAACUGUUCUUAAACCUGCCUUUCAAAUGUCUGAAAUUAUGGCUCUUUUGAAAAGAUAGCUGUAGAUUGUAGAAUGCUCACACCAUUUGUUCUUUAGCUUUAUGCUCAACCCCUCUUUUCUUUGUUUUUGUUGUUGUUAUUGUUAUUUGUUUUGUUUUGUUUUUGAGACAGGGUUUCUCUGUGUAGCCUUGGCUGUCCUGGAACUCACUCUAUACACCAGGCUAGCCUCAAAUUCACAAAGAUCCACCUGUCUCUGCCUCCCAAGUCCUGGGAUUAAAGGCGUGCACCACCACUGCCCAACUUGCUUUAUGCCACUUUUGAGAAUGGAAUGUCAUCGGUAACUUCCUUUUAGAGUCUUCUUUUAAAACUUUUUAUUGGUUCUUUGUGAUUUCACUUACCAGCCCUCCCCUUGUACCUGCCUUCUACCUUUGCAAUCUCUGCUGCAAGAAAGAAAAAACAAUCGUACUGUGGAAGCUGUCGUGUGUCCCAGUGAGUCCCAUAGGAUAUAUACCCUUUUGUUCACACGUCUUUGCUUGCAAACAAAUCUUCAUUGUAACACUUCAUUGGUCUGGUAUAAGACCUCUGGCUUCUGCUUCACUAUCAAUACCGGAUCCUCACUGGGACUCCUCUCAGAUAUCCUGUUGUUUCCCAGUGUCAUGGAGACCCUGUAGUUUGGAUCUGUAGGACUGGGUCCUUCAUGCACUCCAGCAGUUUAUUAUUGGGAUAGAUGUUGGGGUGGACCAACUCAAAGUCCUGGAUCUGAGUCUGAGAGGUAUCUGAGCUGGUCAGACUGCUAUCUCCCUCAUGCCUUUGGGGCCGACUCACCAGCAACCCCUGCUAUGAUGACCAGCUCUUCCUUGCUGCCCAGGGAAGAUGCAGGGUCGGCUCUCUCAGUGUAGCCGACAAUGAAGGACAUGGCCAGUUCUCCCAUUCUCAUGACCCCAGGGCCAGCUCUCCUGCCUGCCAUAGAUGGUGAAGGACAAGAGAGGGAAGGAGAGCAUCUUUCCCUAAUCUGUGCCACCACCCAGCAGACAAGAGGCAGGGCCUGCUCUCCCACAUUCACACUGUCUGGGGCCACUCACCUGUAACCUCCACAUCUAGGACCAGGAGUCCCAAUGAGGUUCCAGUAUCAAUAGAGUGGCCCACUGCCAGGACCAACUUUACCACCUGGUCCAGGUAAAAGGGAGGGGAGGGAUCUCCCCACUGAUACCAUCUCCUUCCUCCUCUUUCUCUUCCUCCUCAUUACCGUCCUCAUCAUCAUACAGCAGACAAGAGGCAAGGCUGGCUCUCCCACACUCUUGCCCUCACUCUCGUGGUUACCCACAACCCCCACAUCCAGGAUCAUCUCUACUGUGCUGCCCAGGUGAGAUGCUGCUCUCCCACUUUGAUGACCUCGGGCUCAGUUUCCCAGCCUGCUGUAGGUGGCAAGGGGCAAGGUGUGUGUGUGUGGGGGGGGUCAUCUCUCCCUUGUCCAUAUCACCACACAGACAGACAGGUGGAGGGGCCAGCUCUCCCACAAUCACGCCCUCAGGGCCAGCAAACCUGCCACCAGGGUCAUUUCUACUAUGUGCCCAGGCGAGGUGCAAGGUCCGCUGUCCUGAGGGCUGCAGCUGGUGAGGCAUAGAGCCAGCUCUUCUGCUCUACAGCUCAAGGGCCAGGCCCCCACCUGUCACAGGUGGUGAGGGGCAGGAGGGAGAAGGGUGUUUCUUCCUUGUCCAUUCUUACGUGUCCAUUUCUUACUCAGCACAAAAUUAAAAAUUAUUUGACUUUUCUCACUUUAAUUCUUUUUUUUUUUUUGGUUCUUUUUUUCGGAGCUGGGGACCGAACCCAGGGCCUUGCGCUUCCUAGGUAAGCGUUCUACCACUGAGCUAAAUCCCCAGCCCCUCCUACUUUAAUUCUUAACAUGUGCUUCGCCAAGUCAUCCACAUUACUUGAAUUAUAUGUAACUGUACCUUGUGUGUUUGGUUAGUUGGAUUUUGAGUUAGGGUCACUUUUUGAAGUGACAGCUGGCCUCUAGCCUCCACCUCCUAAGGGCUGAAAUCACAGGCCUGUGCUGCCUUCUGUCUUCAGAUGCUCUCUGACAGUGUAGUCAGAGGUGAUACACAGAGAAGGGGAAGAGAAUGGACUGUGGCCUGUUUCUCCUAUUGUGUACUCUGCCUUGCCAUCUCUUACCACACGAUGCCUCUUCCUUUUCAAACCUCAAGCCUGAACUGCGUUCCUUCUCAUUUCUCUGUCUUUCUAGUUAGAAUCCUCACUUCCUAUGUUGCUUGUUUACUUUUCUGAAUUGUCUGCUAAACUCCAGAGAGGUGGACACACCAUUUCGUCUUUAUGCUGUCAUUUCCUGCCACAGUUUGGCACAUGGUAGGAGUCUUCAUUGUAAACAGGAGUCAGCUUUGGUCAACUGAAGCAAGAGAUAAUCAAUUUGUUAGAUAUUACUUAUUUUGCAAGAAUGGAGAGCUACAUGUUGAGGAAAAACCAGGAAACAAACCUCAGAGCCAGACCAUAGGCAGACUGAAAAGCCAUAGUAUCCUUCCCCCAAGACAUCAUUCACUGAUGCUCCUCUUGUUACUGGGUUCACUAUGCACUGAUUUAUGAAGUAGGUGUGUAUUUGGCCUAUAAACAAUAGAAGUUAUUUUCAUACUUAUAACUACUGAGCGUCUAGAAUCAUGAUCAAGUUACAGUUGGAGAGUCUUCUUGUGGGUGACAGACUGCCAAGUCAUAUGCACACUUGGCCCAAAGAAUCCUAAGAAUAGAUUCUAACCUAUCCUUGAAGUGCUAACUCUCAAUUUAAAUUCUGCAAGAGUGCAUUGAAUUGACUGGCCAGUGUGUCAGAGCAUGGCAAACAAGUAUCUGGCCUUGUGAUUGGUCAAGUUUCUGUUAUUGGCUCUAGAGUCUACUUUCUUUCUAGACACAUGACAGGUUCUCUAGGCAGAGGGAAGAGUGGCCAGCUCAGGCUUGGGCAGUGAGAAGUAAAACUGGCAUCUAUCCAUUUCAGUAGCCAUCUGAUUAGUAAGAGCCAGAGCCAUGGCACCUCAUCUCUAAGCCUUAUCAUCAUCAAGCAUCCAAGUAUGGUCACCAGUGUUGUUCAAACUCAAAUCAUUACAACGCCAUAAAAUAAGCAAAGGAUAAGCAAAAUUAUUCUUUGGCAUCUACUUAUUUAAGGUGCAGUUCUUGCCUGUGUGUGUGGUGUCUGAGCAGAAGCUUUGGUUUACCUGGCAGUUGGACCCUGAAGGAACUGCCAUUUGAAUUCUGCUUAGAUGAUUCUAGAGCACACAACUGCUAUGUUAGAAGAAUAAGUCAGUUUAUUCAUCUCUAAGCUGCCAUGUAAGGUUUUACAAUAACCAGUUUUAGAAAACUGAAUGUGCAUACACCUCUGUAUUAGUGAACUCAUUCUUGUUUUUUUAAAUAUUUAUUUAUUUAUUAUGUAUACAUCAUACAGUUUUCUGUCUGUAUGUGUGCCUGCAGGCCAGAAGAUGACCCCAGAUCUCAUUAUAGAUGGUUGUGAGCCACCAUGUGGUUGCUGGGAAUUGAACUCAGGACCUUUGGAAGAGCAGUCAGUGCUCUUAACCGCUGAGCCAUCUCUCCAGCCCCUCAUUCUUGUUUUUUAAAAUAUGCAUUUAUAUGUCAAAGGAUAUAUGCAGUAACUUCUGUCCAAGGCAGUAGCUUAACACUGGAAACAAACCAGAUGUCUACUAACAAAAGGGUAGAUAAGUUAUUCAGAAUUGUUCAAAAAUUGUCAUUAAAAUGAAAAUUUAUUCAGAAAUGGAAAUGAACAACCUACAGCUACAUAGAAAAGGUGUGGCUGACUCUCCAAAACAAUGUAAGGUGAAAAAGCAAGCCCUCUCCUUCACCCUCCCAGCAUAGACUACGGGAGUCAAUCCAUGUCCUACUUUUAUAAUGUUCACAAAGGGAGAAAUCUAGCAUUGGAAUUCAAAAUGGUGAUUCUCCAGGAAAAUGGACGGGCUUUCUGUUCCUGGCAGUAUCUUGUUCUUGACACUGGAGGUAUUUAUAAUGGAUAGUGAGAAUUCUUGGAGUUGAAUUUUCUUUAUGUUUGUUACUUUUUAAUUAAAAAGAAUCAAAAUGGGCCUGGAGAGAUGGCUCCGGGGUUGAGGGCACUUGUUGCUCUUGCAGGGAACUGUUAUUUGUCCCCAGCACCCACACAGCAGCUUACAAACCUCCUGUUUGAGGAAAUCUAAUGCCCUCUGCUGACCUCUGUAGCACCUGGCAUACAUGUGGUUCAUACACAUAAAUACAUCAAGACAUUCACAUACAUAAAAUUUAAAAAAUCCAAACAAUAAAACAGGCCCGUGUAUGGACUAAAUUGGGGGGCAAAGCUGAGUGAGCUCCUCAGGUUGUGAGCUGGGUUUUAUCUGCACUUUGUGUAUUUUAGAAGAGAUUGUUAGCAUUAAUCAGUUCUUCUAGGGCAGUUCAUGACACCUAAAAGGUUAAGAGCCCUUAUCAUGUAUCUAUAAAAGAACAGGUACAUACAGAAAAGUUGUUCUUUUAUACAUUUCACUGUGGAUGGCACAUUUCAAUUCUGAGAUCGGAUUCUCUACUUUGGAUCAUUUCACACUUUCUCAGGCUUACUUAAAAAUUUCUUUCAGAUUUACUUUAUUAAAAAAAUGAACAGAAUUAAGGUAGGUAUGCCUAUAGAAGUCACUCAUGAGAGGGUGAAAAUGGAAAUGAGGCCCAGAUAUGAUGGCUGUAAAAGCAAGCCUGAGGGGCUAGAGAGAUGGCUCCAUGGCAUGUACCAGUUUCCACUCCAUUUCCCCUGCCUUUGGCCAUUAGAGCUCCUCCAAGGAUGACUGCUUCCUUACUUCCCAUGGUCUUCUUCUCACCCCAGUUAGACUUCCUUCAUACCCACACUUUACUGAAAUGACCCAACUCAAGGUCAUUGAUUGGGUCUUUGCUAAAUCCAGUGACUAAGUACCUUGUAGGAUGGGAGUGGGCCGAGUGCUUCAUCGUGGGUCUCUUCCUCCUCUACUUCUGUCAUAGUCCUGUUGGGGGCUCUGCAUCUCUGUUAUCUUCUUGUAGGUAUUCAUUCUAAUCCGUCCCUGAUGCCAUCCUAAAAUAUCGCUGGGAACCAUAACUACAUUUCUAUUUCAUAGUUUUUUCCUUGCUGAAUGAUAUUCAGUAUCUACCACAUUUUAAAGUCAUCCCUUGAAUUACAGCUAUCAGGGUUGUUUAUUUAUCCAGUCAACAACUACUGCAUGCUGUUCAUCAGGUACUACUGUCAUUGUGUACAGCAGAAAACUCCUAAACCUCAAAGAACUUUUACAAUAUUGUGCAAAGAAAGAGAAUUUAAAACAACCUCAGUAAAUAAAAUACAUAGUAUGUUGGAAAAUAGCUGAGCAUAGUGGUACGUGCCUUUAAUCUCAGCUCUAGGAGAUAGAGGCAGGCAGAGCUCUGUGAGCUCAAGUCCAAGUUGGUCUACAUAGCAAGUGCCAGGCUAUGUAAUGAACUCAGCUACAAAAAGUGUGUGUGUGUGUGUGUGUGUGUGUGUGUGUGUGUGUGUGUGUGUGUGUGUAGGUAUUAUGUAUACUUAUAUGUAAUAUAUAUGUUAAAAUGAGAAAAUUAAGGAUGGAGACUGCAUCAUUCCAAAUUCAGUCUUUUCAAUCUUUGUAUUUCUAGUGACUCUAUAUAGAGGACAAGUGUACAUGGGUUUGGGCUUAAAGUGGAGGAUUUCAAAACCUAGAUAUAUAGGUAGAGUCGUGAAGUGGACAUUUUGGAUCUCAGAAUUGAGUCAUACCUAGUAACAUAAAUUUGAGACUAAACACUUUAUUGGACUAGUAGGUAUUUUUAGUAGAGAGGAGAUAUGCUUAGUCUAGGGCUGGGAUGGCCACCAGGAAGUUUAGAAGAAUCAUCUGAGUUGACAAGGUAGCAGCUAAGAGUUACUUCUACCAAGCCUGCUGACCUGAGUCCAGUCCCCAGGGCCCACACAGGAAGGAGAUAACUGACUUCAACUAGUUGUUCUUAGACCUCCAGACAGGUGAGGGGACAUGAGCAUGCUCCCAUAGUAAAGAAAUAAAAUGUAGGGUCUUUGUUUGUUUUGUUUGUUUUGAAACUAAGCUGGUCUGAGUAGGCUGCAGUGGCAAGAAAUCUGGGAAAUGAAUUUCAGGCCCUACUCUGCUACUGAUGGUUUGUGCUGCUGUACACAAGUCAAAUUAGCCUUCCUGGAAAUUAAUUUCCUCAUUGAUCAAAUGUUGAGAUCAAACCAAAGGAUUUUAAAAUCUUUAAAAUCUGAAUUUAAAGGAAUUUCUUCCUGUUAAUGGAAAUAUGAUAUAAAAUAUCUUUAGAUCAAUUUUUUAAAAUUAAAUGUUUUGUGCCAAAUUUUCUUUAUAAAUUAGAAAAAAAUACCCUACUACAAUCUUUUUUCCGGAGCUGGGGACCGAACCCAGGGCCUUGUGCUUCCUAGGCAAGCGCUCUACCACUGAGCUAAAUCCCUAACCCCUCCUUUCUUUUCUUGAGACAGAGUCUUACCAUGUAGCCCAGGCUGGCUAGAGGCCAGCUUAGACUACAGAGUGAGAGACUCUGCCUCAAACAAGACAAAAUACAACAGCCAUAAAACCAAUACCACCACUUCUAUCCAGCAAAUCAGUUUUAAGUAAUUUCAGAAUAUAAGAGAAGAAAUUCUAAUUCACAGUGCUAUUAACACUUGUGAAGUGUGCUCAUUCUCCUAUAACAUCGCCAGCACUGGGCUUAAAGGUUUUACUCACAUUUGUUCAAAUUAAUUUCAUAUCCCAAAGUUUAAUUAUUUGCAAGAUUCAUGAUUCUUCCAAGGAUCUUAGUAUUGGUAUGUUUUCUGUUUUUUUUUUUAAUUUUUACUUAUUUUUUAUGUUUAUGUGGGUUUUGCCUGCAUGUGUGUCUGUGAACUCCAUGCUUACUGCCCACAUUGCAUCCCUGGAACUGGGGUUGCAGACUUUUUAAAUGGUGACAGAACUGGAAUUGAACCUGGGUCCUCUGAAAGAGCAUUCAGUGCUCUUAGCCAUGCAGCCAUCUCUCUAGCCCCCCUUUUCUUUCCUUUUAACAUUAUUUCUUGGUGCAUGUGUAUCUGUGCCUCUAUACAGAUGCUACAGUGCAACUGUAGAGGUCACAGGAAGCUCAUGGGAGUUUUCUCCUUUUAACCAUGCUGGUCCUAGGAUUGAACUAAGGAUCUCUCUCUCUCUCUCUCUCUCUCUCUCUCUCUCUCUCUCUCUCUCUCUCUCUCUCUCCCUCUCUCUCUCUCUCUCUUUCUUUUUUUUAAAUGUGUGAGACAAGGACUCUUGUAGGCCAGACUGGUCUCAGACUCCAUAUUUAGCCAAAAAUGACCUUCACCUUUCAACUCCCCAAUACACUGGGAUCACAUGCAUUUAUAAGAUGCCUUGCUCUUAGUGAUUAGGUUUCUGUUUGAAGUGUUGGUUUUUAGUUUUGAUCAUCUUAUUAGAUGUCACAUAAAUUUUUUAAAAAUUACACAAGUCAUUAUUAACUAGAAGGGUAAGGGAAUCUCAAAGUUGUUUUCAAGGGUUGAUUCUCAAAGUCCAUUUCCUAUAUCAUGUUUGUAGAGUUUUAGAGUCAGGAUCUCUUUUGGGGUUUAAAGGAACUUUUCACAGGGGUCAUCUAAGACCAUUGGAAAACAGAUAUUUAUGUUAUGACUCAUAACAGUAGCAACAUCACGGUUAUGAAAUAGCAACAAAAUAAUUUUUUUGGUUGAGGGGGGUCACUAUAACAUGGAGAACUGUAUUAAAAAGUUACAGCAUUAGGAAGGUUGAGAAUCACUGUCUUAAAGCCUUUUUUAAAUGAUGGUGACAGAAUUGGUAAGAAAUUAGAAUGUUCAGUGCAGAAUUCUAAAUCGUUAUUUAAGGUGGAAUCACAGUUCUGAGUAGUUUGUUUACAGUUGUAAGGAGAGGAAUAACGCGACAUAUUAUCUGAGGGAAACAAUUCAUGGCCCUGCUGAUGGCAGUUCACUUUAGGUCCUGGUUAACAAAUGCAGAUGAUAAUACAAAGAGGAAGUAAAAAGUUAGAGACGUAGGGAUCAUGCGCAAGGGGGAAAUUAAGUAAAAGACACUGCAAGAGAGGAAACUUAAGACCAGACUUCCUCUCACGCUGGUGAGCCAGGACACUUGGAUUUCACAGACCGACCAUGCUGGUAUUUCUCAAAUCCUAAGGCCCAAAGAACUCACACACUAGGAACUCUUUUCUCCAACCGAAGCUUCAGUAAUGUAGGCAGUCUGUCUGGGUAGCACAUGCUUGCCUACUUUGACCUAAUGGAGUGAGAUAAGAAAUCGAAAGCGUCUGGAUUGGUCAGAGAUUGAAAGGAGAGCAACAAACCAAUCUCCAUUAGUUGCUGAAUGGAUAUAAACUCUGUGAUGGGAGAUGAUUGAAGACAAGGGGCCUCGUGUUGCUGACUACUUUGUUGUAGCAGGCUUAACUGACAUUUCAAAGCCUCUUGAAGAGGAAAUUCACUUCAACGAUGCCUGUCACAAAGUGGCAAGACCAAAAGAACCCAUCACAGAUGUUUCUGUUAUCAUCAAAUCCCUUGGGGAGGAGGUGCCUCAGGACUAUGUGUGUAUUGACGUAACCCCAACUGGGUUGUCGGCAGAUCUUAAUAAUGGAAGUCUUGUGGGACCCCAGAUUUAUCUUUGCUAUAAGAGAGGGAGAGAUAAGCCUCCACUUACUGAUCUGGGGGUAUUAUAUGACUGGAAAGAAAGAUUGAAGCAGGGCUGUGAGAUUAUUCAGAGCACCCCCUAUGGCCGACCUGCCAAUAUUAGCGGCAGCACCUCAUCACAAAGAAUCUACAUCACCUACCGAAGAGCCUCUGAGAACACCACUCAGAACACUCUGGCCGUCACAGACAUAUGCAUUAUUAUACCCAGUAAAGGGGAGAGCCCACCACACACUUUCUGCAAGGUCGACAAGAAUCUCAACAACAGUAUGUGGGGAUCUGCAGUGUAUUUAUGCUAUAAAAAGUCAGUGGCAAAGACUAACACUAUAUCUUACAAAGCAGGUCUAAUUUGCAGAUAUCCUCAAGAAGAUUAUGAGUCGUUCUCACUGCCAGAAUCUGUUCCCCUCUUUUGUUUACCAAUGGGGGCAACUAUUGAAUGCUGGCCACCAGAUAGCAAAUACCCUCUUCCUGUGUUCUCUACAUUUGUGUUAACUGGAGCCUCAGCUGAAAAGGUUUAUGGUGCUGCUAUUCAAUUUUAUGAACCAUACUCCGAGGAGAACCUUACAGAAAAACAGAGACUUCUUUUGGGUUUAACGUCUCUGGUAGAUGGAAAGUCUGAUGGUUCUAGAACGAUUCACACUAACAAAUGCAUUUGUCUGCUUUCCCACUGGCCUUUUUUUGAUGCAUUCAGAAAAUUUCUGACUUUUCUGUAUCGUUAUUCCAUCUCUGGACCUCAUGCCCUUCCAAUUGAGAAGCAUAUUUCCCAUUUUAUGCAUAAAGUUCCCUUUCCGUCCCCUCAGAGGCCACGGAUUUUAGUUCAGUUAUCCCCACAUGAUAAUUUGAUUCUCAGUCAGCCUGUUUCUUCACCUCUUCCAUUAAGUGGUGGGAAGUUUUCAACACUACUCCAGAAUCUUGGCCCUGAGAACGCUGUUACACUGCUGGUGUUUGCUGUAACAGAACAUAAAAUCCUUAUCCAUUCCCUUCGACCCUCCGUGCUCACCAGUGUGACGGAAGCAUUAGUGUCCAUGAUUUUCCCUUUCCACUGGCCCUGCCCAUAUGUUCCUCUCUGCCCAUUGGCUCUCGCAGAUGUCCUCAGUGCACCAUGUCCAUUCAUAGUAGGCAUUGAUUCAAGAUACUUUGAUCUUUAUGACCCUCCACCAGAUGUCAGUUGUGUCGACUUAGAUACCAACACCAUUUCUCAAACUGGUGACAAAAAGAAUGUAGCUUGGAAGAUUCUUCCGAAGAAGCCGUGUAAGAAUCUGAUGAACACACUGCAUAAUUUGCACCAGCAGUUGGCAAAACUGCAGCAGAGACCAAGAGAUGAUGGACUAAUGGACUUAGCAAUGAAUGACUAUGAUUUUAAUUCCGGAAAGAGGUUGCACAUGAUAGAUCUGGAAAUCCAGGAGGCAUUCUUGUUUUUCAUGGCCUCUAUUUUAAAAGGUUAUAGAUCAUACUUAAGGCCAAUAACAGAAGCCCCAUCUGAGACAGCGACAGAUGCAACCUCGCUGUUUGCCCUUCAAGCUUUCUUAAGAAGCCGGGAUCGAUCACAUCAAAAAUUCUAUAACAUGAUGACCAAAACACAAAUGUUUAUUCGCUUCAUUGAGGAAUGUUCUUUUGUCAGCGAUAAAGAUGCAAGCCUGGCCUUUUUUGAUGACUGUGUGGAUAAAGUGGAUACGGACAAGAGUGGUGAAGUUCGACUUAUAGAACUGGAUGCGUCUUUCAAAAGUGAACAUACUGUCUUUGUGACACCACCCGAGAUCCCCCAGCUGCCCAACGGGGAAGAACCACCAUUGCAGUACAGCUAUAAUGGAUUCCCAGUUCUCAGGAACAAUUUAUUUGAGAGGCCUGAAGGAUUUCUACAAGCGAGAAAGAACAAACUACCGUCAAAACCAAGCAGUCCUGGCAGUCCUUCUCCCAUGUUCAGAAGAACAAAGCAGGAAAUCAAAUCAGCCCAUAAGAUUGCAAAGAGGUAUUCCUCUAUCCCUCAGAUGUGGUCGCGGUGUCUGCUCCGUCACUGUUAUGGAUUGUGGUUUAUUUGUCUCCCAGCUUAUGUGAAGGUUUGUCAUUCCAAAGUCAGGGCUCUGAAAACAGCGUAUGAUGUACUUAAGAAAAUGCAGCUGAAGAAGAUGGAUCCACCUGAUGAGGUAUGCUACCGCAUUCUCAUGCAGCUCUGUGGACAGUACGACCAGCCUGUGCUUGCAGUUCGAGUGCUUUUUGAAAUGCAGAAAGCUGGUAUUGACCCCAAUGCAAUCACUUAUGGGUACUACAAUAAGGCUGUUUUGGAAAGUACAUGGCCUUCAAGAAGUCGUAGUGGCUAUUUCCUCUGGACAAAAAUAAGAAAUGUUGUUUUAGGAGUUGCACAGUUCAAAAGAGCUUUAAAGAAACAUCCACACUUACCACAGACAGCGCUCUCAGGUGGCCGGUCUGAUCUUGGAUAUAGUUCAUUAUGUAAAGACGAUGUUAGAAGAGAGGCUACAUCUACUGAAGACAUUCAAGGGGAAAAGGAUAAAAAAGGGAGCGACUCUAGUUCCUUGUCAGAGAAUGAGAGUGCAAAAGGAAGUGCUGACUGCCUUCCUUCUCUCAGUUACCAGAGUUCUUCCACUAUAGUUCGCCUCAGUGGUACAAAUCAGGACGGUGCUGAUAAAAUGUCUGGAGAAUGUGAGGAAAGCACUCCUGAGCUGCUCUUAGUGCCAUCUUGUAAUGACACAAAUGAAGCACAAACCAUGCCAAGCAGAUGCUUUAGGAAAAGGCAUAAAAGUGAUGAUGAAUCUCAUUUGCAGCAGCAAAUGCCUUGGGGAAACAGGAACCGUAAUCUUAGUGGUGGGGUACUGAUGAGAUUUAUGCUGAACAGAAUUAACCAGGAAACAAACCCUGGAGAUAUGGUUGAAAAGUUAGGCGCUGAUGCAAAGAUUCUUUCAAAUGUUAUCUCAAAAAGCACAAGACCAAAUAGUCUUGAUAUUGGAAAGCCACCAGUAAGAUCAAAAAGAGACAGCCUGGAGAAGGAGUCUAGUGACGAUGACACACCUUUCGAUGCUUCUAACUGCUUGGAUAAAGUGGAGUCUCCUGUUAUUUUUGACUUAGAAGAUUUAGACACAGAAACAGAUGGUUCAAAAGUGGGAUGUGUCGCUGCACAAAAUCCCAAGAGGCUUCAGCGAAUGAACAGCAGCUUUUCAGUUAAACCGUCUGAAAAAACAGAUGUUGUAACAGGAUUUGACCCUCUCUCGCUCUUGGUUGCUGAGACUGAGCAGCAGCAGAAAGUAGAAGAGGAAGACGAUGAAGACGACAACAAGAGCAUCUCAACGCCAUCUGCCAGGCGUAAUUUAGCUGAAGAAAUUGAGAUGUACAUGAAUAACAUGAGCAGUCCUUUGACAAGCCGUACACCAAGCAUUGAUUUACAGCGAGCAUCUGAUGAGAAGUUAACCAAUAAGAAAAGUCCAACAUUGGUCAAGGCCUGCAGAAGAUCAAGCCUGCCUCCUAAUUCUCCUAGGCCAGUGAGACUUACCAAAUCCAAAAGUUACACCAAAAGUGAGGAGAGACCAAGGGAUAGACUGUGGUCCUCACCAGCCUUCUCACCCACUUGUCCAUUUAGGGAAGGAUCGCAAGAAACACUAGCCCAUUCAUCACCUUCAUUUAACUUAGACACACUGCUGGUACCUAAACUUGAUGUUCUAAGACACAGUGUGUUCACUGCUGGGAAAGGAGUUGCAGAGAAAGCAAGCAAAUGGUACUCAAGGUUCGCCAUGUAUACCACGUCAUCAAAGGAUCAAAGUUCUGAUCGUACCAGUCUUUCUUCAGUGGGAGCCCAGGAUUCUGAAUCUACCUCUUUGACAGAUGAAGAUGUCUGCCAUGAGUUGGAAGGAGCCACUUCCUCCCAAGAAAGCAGUGCGGCUUCAGGGACCAAGGGAAUUGAUGCCAGCCGGGCCAGCCUGGGGAGCUCUGCCUCCUUAGAAGGAUCCCUGUCAAAGUUUGCCUUACCUGGAAAAACAGAGACUGCAUCUUCUCUCAAUACCAGUAACACCAAUAUCUUCCAGAACUAUGCAAUGGAGGUUCUCAUUUCAAGUUGCUCUCGGUGUAGGACUUGUGACUGUCUCGUCCAUGAUGAGGAAAUCAUGGCUGGCUGGACAGCAGAUGAUUCGAAUCUCAAUACUACAUGCCCGUUUUGUGGCAAUCUCUUCUUACCCUUUCUGAAUGUUGAAAUCAGAGAUUUAAGAAGACCUGGACGAUAUUUCUUGAAGUCCAGCUCAUCAACAGAAACUAUGCACUUUGCAUCUUCUUUCUCAAGUCGGACAAGGCAGUCUUGCAUUUCAGCAUCAGCCUCUGGUCUUGACACAUCUUCUCUCUCUGUUCAAGGGAACUUAGAUCUAAAUAACAAAUCUAAACUACAGGAAAAUCCAUGUGCCCGAAGUAUUCAGAUCCCUGCUCACAGAUCAAAAACUGUUGUGUCAAAAUGCCCGUUGUUCCCAAUGGCCAGGAGCAUCAGCACAUGUGGCCCCUUGGAUAAGGACGAGCCUGGGGGACAGAAGCUCAUUCCUACAGGCAGCCUGCCGGCCACUUUACAAGGACCUACAGAUUCUUUAGGGUUAGAAUGGCACCUACCAAGUCCAGACCCUGUCACUGUCCCAUACCUUAGCCCUUUAGUGGUGUGGAAGGAACUUGAGAGCUUAUUGGAAAAUGAAGGUGACCAUGCAAUAACAGUGGCAGACUUUGUGGACCAUCAUCCGAUUGUCUUUUGGAACCUGGUGUGGUAUUUUAGACGCCUCGACUUGCCCAGUAACCUGCCUGGAUUGAUUCUUUCUUCUGAGCAUUGUAAUAAGUAUUCAAAGAUUCCCCGCCACUGUAUGUCUGAAGAUAGCAAGUAUGUUUUAAUACAGAUGUUAUGGGACAACAUGAAAUUACAUCAGGAUCCAGGGCAACCCCUGUACAUCCUCUGGAAUGCCCACAGUCAGAACCGCACUCUUCUGUUUGAGACUCAAAAAUAUCCAAUGGUCCAUUUGUUACAAAAAAGUGAUAACUCCUUUAACCAGGAACUGUUGAAAAGCAUGGUGAAAAGCAUUAAAAUGAACGAUGUCUAUGGACCCAUGAGUCAGAUUUUAGAGACCCUGAGUAAGUGUCCACACUUCAAAAGACAGCGGAGUUUAUAUAGAGAAAUAUUAUUUCUCUCACUUGUGGCACUGGGAAGAGAAAACAUUGAUAUAGAUGCGUUUGACAAAGAAUACAAGAUGGCUUAUGAUCGUCUCACACCAAGUCAAGUCAAGAGUACACAUAACUGUGACAGGCCACCAAGCACGGGAGUGAUGGAGUGCCGGAAAACCUUUGGUGAACCUUAUCUUUAAGACGUGUGUGUAUAUGUAUACAUUCAAUAUAUAUUGUAUAGUCAGUGUACAAAGUAACACUUUUAGACUCUAAACUCCACGUUUUGAGAAUGCAUUUGUAAAUGGAUUGGAAAGUUCAGGUGGCUUUGUACAGAACGCUUUUGUGAGACAACAGUGACCGACAGGGAGAGAGCCACUUACUUCCCAUUUAUUUCUUCUUUAUCACCCCUGUAAAGUAAUCAAGUACUCGAUGAUGAGGAAGUCUCUUUUAAAACAUUGGUUGCCACAAAAUUAGACUUUCUUAUGGUUUCUCUUGGAAGAGACAGGUGGGAAAAUCACGUGUGGAGCGUAAGCAGAGAUGUCAGAUCCAAGUGUGUCCUGCUUUCGUGGACGUCCGUGGACUGUUCACGCGUUACCAUGAAGUUCUAUUAUACAUAUUUUAAAUUGUUUAUAGUAAGUUGAUAUUUUUUUAAUUUUUAAAUUUAAUAUAGCAAACUUAAAAUGAAUUUAAACUUAUGAAACAAGUGUUUAUUUUCUUUGUGUCUGCUCUUUGAAGUAAUUCGCACAGCUGCAGAUCUCUGUAUAUCUACCUAUAUUUUUUUUAUUACUUGAGAGGAAGAACUUUAACAGGUCAGUGCCAGUGUCAGUGCCCUUGGAUUGCACGAUAGCUCCCCUGAGUCUGACUGGGGAGAGGGACUGAGGGAGGCAGGGUGAGCCCUGUGCACGGAGCACCAGACAGAGCGCCUGCGCCAUGCCUGCCGUCUCCUCCACUAGAGUAGAUGCGAAAGUACCCAGGGGAAAAAACUCACAACCCAAACGUCAACAUAAAUCUUAGUAUGCUAUGUGAAAACUUACAGAGGGGAAUUACUGACAACUGACUCUUCCAAAUUUUACCCAAAAUAUUGGGUAUGAAACAAAUUGCACUAUAAAAUAUGUAUCUGAAAUAUGGUUUAAUGGGGUAUUCUGUUAAUACUAUAUAUAGAGAGAUUCAAAGUAUUUUUGGAAGCAGAAAAAUAGUAACCGUCUAAAAGUGCAUCCAGAGAGAAUUUCCCAUAUUGAGGAACUUAGUUUUUUCAGUAAGCUUCAGGAUCUGAAGUUCAUGGAAUCUCAAAUGUAAACUAUACAUGAUCAGACAAUAAACUCAAUGUUUAAACACCAGGAGUAUUAAAUUGACUUAAAAUACAUUUUUAAUUAUAUUAUUUCUAAAACCACUUUUUUUGAAUAAUUUCUCAUAAAAAAAGGCAUCCUUUGGCCUCUGGAAUUAAUUAUUCAUGUAUUUUCAGUGUAUGUAUAUACAUUUGCAAGGGUUGUCAUUUGUAAAGGAAGGCUAGCCAUUUUAAAACGAAGAAAAAAGGGGUGGUCCCAAACCUGAUGUUUAAAGCAAGUGGAGUCCAUGAUGCUUGACCUGGAAAUAAAAUAACUUAAGCGCCCCAAGACUCAGCAGUUCAGCCGCAGAAAAGCUGCCUUUCAGUCCCUGCCACCACUGAGUAGCCAGGCUGAAGCAUUUUUUUUCACAGCUUUUGCCCUCUGGCAAGUUGUGGGGAGAGCAUAAAAUGUGAAUCUUGAGUUCAGUUGGUUUGAGGCUGAACUUACUUACUUGAAAACACUGGUGCUAUGCGCGCAUACCUACGGCUCCUGUCGAUCCACUUGGCCUCGCGGCCUCACUGCUUCACAUUCUCCAAGUCACUGAGAAGUACAUCCAGUCUCUUCAGAGACUGAGAAUGUUCCAAAGGAGGUGUUUGGCACUGGUGGUAAACAUGCCCUCUAACAAGAUUUGGGCUCUCGUCCGUGCUUUCUUCUUUCUUCCCUCACGAGAGCAGUUUGCACUGCUGCCUCCAGUUUCUGUAAUGCAAACUGUGUGGUUUGUUGGAUUCAGAUGUCUGCCAAGCACAGAGAGGCAAAGCUGGCCCUCACACUCACUCGGAAAGCUGAGCAUGACUUCUGCCUCCCGCCCUUCCCUGAGUUUUGUUCUCUGUCUCUGAAUAAAGUUAUAUUUUUCCUGCUUUUAAUCCCCAGGAAUGUUACUGUAUGAAGAUAAUCUUUAAAAAUAAUACCUAAACAUGGACUAGAACUCAGUCAGUCCUGCUCCAAAGAAAACUAAAAUAAGGAUUGUCUUUUGAAACAAUUUAAUCCAAGCUGUUUUUCAGUUUUUUUAUUUACCAUACAUUUUGGAAUAUUAUGGCCAAUAAUGUUGGAAAGUGGUGUCCUUUCCCUCUACUCCUUAUUUUCCAUUCUUAGUGUUGCUUAUGUUUAAAUUGUUGGAAAUAAACCAUGCUCUUGUUAAUAUAGUUUAAGACUCUCAUUAGGUUUGAAUGUUCCUGUGUAUGUACAUAUACUUUAAAUAGUCAGCGUUCCCUCCUGUCACCAGAUGUCACAGUAUGUAGCUGUUCAUCUUCUGGUUUUGUUCUCUUUUCUGUUUUUUUCUAACCUUUAAACCCCCAACACUAUCAACUUAUCUUACUAUAAGGUUGUCUAGUAUGUCUUCCCAUUUUUGUACAUAGAGAAGUGACCCUGAAAAUGUUGGUUCAGCAUUUUAGGCAAUAAAUACUUAUUUUUACUUCA